GAGCCUGUUUGAAAGUCUCCGCCACACUUCGGCCACUUCCUGGAUGGCGGAAUGGAGAGCUUCCAGCGCCGCUGCUCCGUCUCUUGUGUUCUGGCGUGAAAAGCGUCGCGCGCUUGACUCCGCGCGCCUCCUUGGCUUUUUCGGCUUGGCCGCGCGAUCCAGUCCACUCCAGCUUCCACGCGCGCGCCGUCAUGUUUUUUAUACCCCGGGAGUAACGGCCGCGCCGUCUGAGAGGCUUUAAGAGAAAGAAAGAGAGAGAGAGAGAGAAAGAGAGAGAGAGAAACUGUUUCCUGGACGAACUUAAGAGAAAAAAUUUUUUUUUGGCGAAGCUUUCUUCUUGCGCAAAAAAAAAAACCACCAGCAGUUUACAGUUUGUUUGUUUGUUUGUUUUAGCCGUUGUUUGUUUGUUUUGUUUUUAAACCGGACGUUUUUUAGGAUAACUCAAGUCAACAGUUGCUCCGUGGCCGGUUGUCGAUGUGCGCGGUGCCAUGCCGAGGCUUCAGCAACCGGGUCGCUGCUGCUGGAUUCUGGCUUUAACGCUGGCAGCCUGCGCGCUCCUCCGGGCCCACGCGCAUCCCGCACUGUCCGGAGGAGAUCAGGUGGAACGGCAUGGCUGGGCGACCGGGGACAGACACCGCAGAGCUGCUGAGGAACCAUACUGGGCAUACUCAGGAGCGUACGGACCAGAGACGGGAUGGGCGUCGGCUUAUCCGGAGUGUCAAGAGAGGAACCAAUCACCAGUCAAUAUAGCCGACCAGGAUACCAGGGUCUCGAUGGAGUACCAGGAGCUCAUCCUGGACGGCUUUGAAGCGGAAUCGUCUAACAAGACGUCGAUGAAGAACACGGGCAAAACUGUGGCCAUCCUGCUGAAGGACGACUACUUUGUACAAGGUGCAGGUCUGCCGGGUCGCUUUAAAGCCGAGAAGGUGGAGUUCCACUGGGGUCAGAGCAACGGUUCAGACGGCUCAGAGCACAGCAUCAAUGGCAGGAGAUUCCCCGUCGAGAUGCAGAUCUACAUGUACAACUCGGACGAUUUUGACAGCCUUAAUGCAGCCAUCAGGGAGAAGCGGGUCAUCGCCGCUAUGGCCGUCUUCUUUCAGGUUGGACAGAAGGACAAUCCUGCAGUAGACCCUAUAAUCCACGGCCUGAGAGGAGUCGUGCAUCACGAAAAAGAGACCUUUCUGGAGCCUUUUGUGCUGAGGGACCUGUUGCCGUCCUCUAUCGGCAGUUAUUAUCGCUACGUUGGCUCUCUCACCACUCCUCCCUGCAGUAAAGUAGUGGAGUGGAUUGUCUUCAGCCGGCCCGUCUUCCUGUCCUACAAACAGUUAGAGGCAUUCUACUCCAUCUUCACCACGGAACAGCAGGACCAUGUGAAGUCAGUGGAGUACCUGCGCAAUAACGUCCGCCCGCUGCAGAGUCUGGACGGUCGGGAAGUGUACAAAUCCGCCGUCAAAGACGCCUGGCUGCCCUACCUGACCGACCCCUACGGCACAGAGUCCUCCAAAGCCUGCAGCAGUGCUCCCAUCAACAUGCAAGUUCAGCCUCUGAAUAAAACAGCCCUGGUGGUGCGAUGGUCCCGCCCCGAGAUCACCUACGACCCACCCAUCAUCAGCUACCUCAUCUCCUAUAGCUGGACCCGAAACGACGAGGAGUACGAGGAGACGUACGUCAAAGGCAGCGAUCAAAAACUGGAGGCCGUUAUCAAGCCAGUUUCACCAGACGUGCUGUAUCUCUUCCGAGUCCAGGCAGUGUGCUUGAACGACAAACGCAGUGACUUCAGCCAGAGCAUGCUGUUCAGAGCAAAUACCACCAGAAUAUUUGAAGGGACGAGGAUAGUGAAAACAGGAAUGCCCACGGUGUCUCCCGCGUCCUCAGCUGACAUGGCUCCCAUUAGCUCUGGCUCAUCCACCUGGACCUCUUCAGGUCUGCCCUUUUCCUUCGUCUCCAUGGCGACUGGCAUUGGCCCCUCCUCCAGCGGUAGCCAGGCGACGGUGGCAUCGGUGGUAACCAGCACUCUCCUGGCAGGGCUGGGCUUCAGCGGCGGCGUCAUCUCCUCCUUCCCCAGCUCGGCUUGGCCUAGUCUCCGCCCCCCAACCCAAACCCCACCCACCACAGCGGAACAGGCCCCUCCUACCACCACCCCCGAAAACACCCAGAACCAAGGCUCGGACGAUAACGCCGGAGGAGAGCAGACAGGCAAGGCCGAAGGUGAGGAAGGUGAGAGAGAAGGCGAGGAAGAGGAAGAGAAGGACGAAGAAGACGACAAAGGAGCAGAAGGUAAACCAGUGAAGAACGCUCCAGAUGACGUUCAGACGCAGGUGAACAGCUCAGCAGACCAGGAGCCUCCCACAACAGCGCCUGACUCCACCGCCAAGGAGAAAGGAAGAAGAAAGGACCAGGAUGAGGACGGAGCGAUGGAGUCCAAUGAACCACAGGACACACAGACAGAGAGGACAGAGGAUGAGGAGGAAGUCACUGUGACCCCCAGCACAGAGCCUGCUGUCCAGGGGAACAAAACUGUGGUGCUCCAGCCCCCAGAAGCCCCUCCGAAGGGUGGGAAAGGCAGCAUGGGAGACAGGAGUCAGUGGCCUUUCUCCUUUCAUACAGAGCGGACUGUAAUCUCCAAUAUACGACCAAUUCCUGGUUCAGGCAGGAUGGAGUGGAUCAUUCCUCUAGUCGUGGUGUCUGCCCUCACCUUCCUCUGCCUCAUCCUCCUCCUUGCUGUACUCGUCUACUGGAGGAGGUGUUUCCAGACUGCUCAUUUCUAUGUAGAGGACAGCAGUUCUCCUCGAGUGGUGCCCAAUGAGAGUAUUCCGGUCAUUCCCAUCCCAGACGACAUGGAGGCCAUCCCGGUCAAACAGUUUAUCAAGCACAUAUCAGAUCUCUACGCCAACAACCAGCAUGGAUUCUCUGAAGACUUUGAGGAAGUGCAGCGUUGCACAAGCGAUAUGAAGAUCACUUCCGAACAUUCAAAUCAUCCAGACAACAAGCACAAGAACAGAUACAUCAACAUCGUUGCAUAUGAUCACAGUCGAGUGAAGCUGAGGCCAUUAGCCGGCAAGGACUCCAAACACAGUGACUACAUCAAUGCUAACUAUGUGGACGGAUACAACAAGCCCAAGGCAUACAUUGCUGCUCAGGGUCCCCUCAAGUCCACCUUUGAGGACUUCUGGAGGAUGGUGUGGGAGCAGAACACAGGCAUCAUUGUCAUGAUCACCAACCUGGUGGAGAAAGGACGGAGAAAGUGUGAUCAGUACUGGCCGACGGAGAACAGCGAGGAGUACGGUAACAUCGUGGUGACGCUGAAGAGCAGCAAGGUGCACGCCUGCUACACACUCCGCCGCUUCACCAUCCGCAACACCAAAGUCAAGAAGGGUCAAAAGGGCAGUGUAAAGAGUCGUCAGAGUGAGAGAACUGUAAUCCAGUAUCAUUACACGCAGUGGCCUGACAUGGGCGUUCCUGAGUACACACUGCCUGUGCUCACCUUCGUCAGGAAAUCUUCUGCAGCACAGACACCUGAGAUGGGCCCCAUGCUCGUCCACUGCAGUGCUGGCGUGGGCAGAACAGGAACCUAUAUCGUGAUUGACAGCAUGCUGCAGCAGAUUAAGGAUAAAGGCUCUGUGAAUGUGCUGGGUUUCCUUAAACACAUACGCACACAGAGGAACUACCUGGUUCAAACCGAGGAGCAGUAUGUCUUCAUUCACGAUGCCUUGUUGGAGGCCAUACUGGGGAAGGAGACAGAGGUGUUGUCCAGCCAGCUGCACAGUUACGUCAACAGUAUUCUGACCCCUGGCCGGAGCGGCAAAACCCGGCUCGAGAAACAGUUCAAGCUGGUGACUCAGUGUAAUGCCAGGCUUGCAGAGUGUUUCAGCGCCCAGAAAGACUGCAACAAGGAGAAGAACCGCAACUCCUCCGUCGUUCCAUCGGAGAGAGCGCGUGUCGGCCUGGCUCCACUUCCUGGAAUGAAAGGCACCGAUUACAUCAAUGCUUCUUAUAUCAUGGGUUACUACCGCAGUAACGAGUUCAUCAUUACCCAGCAUCCUCUUCCUCACACCACUAAAGACUUCUGGAGGAUGAUCUGGGACCAUAACGCGCAAAUCAUCGUCAUGCUUCCCGACAACCAGGGGCUGGCUGAGGAUGAGUUUGUUUACUGGCCGAGUCGAGAGGAAGCCAUGAACUGUGAAGCCUUCACCGUCACGCUUAUUAGCAAAGACAGACUCUGCUUGUCCAAUGAAGAGCAGAUCAUCAUUCAUGACUUUAUCCUGGAGGCUACACAGGACGACUACGUGCUGGAGGUGCGUCAUUUUCAGUGCCCGAAAUGGCCCAACCCGGACGCUCCCAUCAGCAGCACCUUUGAGCUCAUCAACAUCAUUAAGGAGGAGGCCAUGACCCGAGACGGACCCACCAUAGUGCAUGACGAGUACGGAGCAGUAUCAGCGGGUAUGUUCUGCGCCCUCACCACUCUGAGUCAGCAGCUGGAGAACGAGAACGCCGUUGGCGUCUAUCAGGUGGCCAAGAUGAUCAACCUCAUGAGACCCGGAGUCUUCACUGACAUUGAGCAGUACCAGUACCUUUACAAGGCUAUGCUCAGUCUGGUGAGCACUAAAGAGAACGGAGCUGGUCCUGUGUCCAUAGAGCGAAACGGCAGCAUGGCCCUGUCUGACGAAUCGGACCCUGCCGAGAGCAUGGAGUCUCUCGUCUGAAGCUCCACCCAACACACACACUUACACACACACACUUACACACACACACGCCAGGAGGCGCUUAACUUACUUUGUAAAACUUCAAGGACUAAGACAGACUUUUUUUCUGAGGCCUUUUUUGCCAGAACUCUUGGUUAAACGAAUAACCCGAUUACUUUUUUACACUGAUUAAAAAAAAAAAAAAAAAAAAAAUUUUUGAUAUUUAUUUUUUUUUUCCUCGCCAUUUUAUGUCUUAAUGUUAUCCUACUGAACAUUUGCACCUCUGUUUUCUUUUUUUGAGUUCACGACAACAAACGAAACACACUUCUGUCUAGUUUGCACUAUGAAAAUAUCAGUGUUACUGCCUACUUCAAGUCCUACGCUCUCUUAUCUUUUCAUUACAUUUAUUUUUUUAUUUUUAUUUUUUGGAUCAUUUCCUCCACAGCCAGGUUUUGACAUUCCAUCACGAAGAUACACAGCUUGGGGGGGAAAAAAAAAAAACGAUUUAACGAUUCACUCGUAUAUAUAAAAUCUUCGGAAAAGGAAAACAGAAGUUCGUAAACCAUCGGGUGUCACCGACAGACCAAACUGGAUUACUUGCGCUUCAUUUCAACACCAUAAAGGAUUCCUUAUUUUUUUGUUUGUUUGUUUUUUGCAUUAUAUGCAUCUUCUAAGCCUGUUAGACUCAUUAACUUUCUGCAGGUGGUAUUAAAACAGCUACUGUGAACUUUAUUCUUUUUUUUUAUUAUUAUUAUUAUUAUUAUUAUUUUUGAAUGAUUCAUAUUAUGCUUUUAAUAUAUAUAUGAAUAUAUCGUAUCUCAUUAUAACUUGUGGUUUUGUAAAAAAAAAAAAAAAAAAAAAAUAAUGUUAACCGUCAUAAGCAACUGGUUUCUUGCAGGCUUGGUUCAAUGGUUUUUGCCUCACGCUUCUCGAUAGCAGUCCAUGUCCUCUCUAGCACCCCCUGCUGGUUUUCUUUCCUUUUUCUUACUCUGCAGGCUGCUGCUAAAUGAUCUGAUUUCGCUCGAAUGGGGAAAUCCUAGUCAUUCUCGCUUUACCUGUCGGUUAUCUCCUCUAUAAUUUACUCUCCUCCUCCGUCUUCUGCAUACGUGAUGCGCGUCGGUCAGGUCUCGAUGCCUUUUGUAAAGUCCGAGCUCAUCUCUGCAGGUGUGUGUGUGACGUAAAAGAGUGCGUGUGUCGAUUUACUCAACGUUUAUAUCAGCUAUUCCAGGAGGGAACGCAAGACUGUACACGGUUCAUGUUGCUGACGUCCUGCCUCCGUGUCUCUCUUUCUUAUCACUUAUUUCAUGAAAAGAUCAAGAGAAGGGGCGUGUCUGUGGACGGUGUGUGUGUCGUGUCCGAGCAGCACAAUGAUGUCCUUUGUUAACACACCGGUUACCCAACAGCUGCAGGAGAAACGCUGGAUUUGUCAAGUUUUACCAAAGACUUCAACUCAACAUCUCAUUUCCUAUAGUGGCAAAUUUACAAUCUGUGUGUGUGUGUGUCAGAACGAUGUGUGUGUGUGAAUUUCAUGAGGCUGAGGUCCCAACUUGGUUCAUUUAGCACUUUUCCAAUUUGAUGAAAAAGAUCAACAGAUAAACAGAACACAGUUAAAAAUGCAGAUUUCUUUUCUUUCUUUUUCUUUCUAUUUCUUUUUCUGAAGGUAUAUGGAAAAAAAACACGUGUGCUUUUGCAAUGACAAGCUCAAGACUCUGAUACCGCGUCCUUAAAAAAGGCACCGACGUUGUCCACGUUGUGUCCUUUCCAAACAGAAAAAGACGAGAAAACAAAACUGCGUUCUUGAUGAUUUUUUUUUAUUUUUUAUCCGCCCCUUUUUCCUUUCUUUCUUUCUUUCUGAUGUCCAUCCGAUCUUCUUGUGUCGAGCCUUUGCUUAUAUGCUGCAAUUUGAACAGGAAUUUGUAUCUGUAUCCUCUUUUUUUUGUGUCUUUGAAUGUACAUAUAUAUAAAUAUAUUUUUUUGUUUUGUUUUGUUUUUUUUGGCUUGUUUGUCAAUCAGUUUCCCUCACAUUAUCCCCUGGUGUAUGUUGUUUAUAGAAUUUUUAUUUUCAUAUAAAGCCGUCUCAGAAUCUCAGCUCUCUGGAUGAAAAAGAACAAAAAAAGGGGAGAGAGAGAGAGAGAGAGAGAGAGAGAGAGAGAGAGAGAGAGAGAGAGAAAAAGAGAGAGAAGAGCCCAGUGGUUCCUUCACCGAGUGACUGACGUCUCAUGCCUCAUAUACCACAAGGCAGUGAUUGUGAUAUUCUCUUAUUGUUUUCCGUUGAUUGUUUUAUCAAUAAAUGAAUUUGUUUUUUCAUUCA